AUGACGGCGGUGGCGGCGCGGCGGCCGGGAGCCGGCGGCGGGGGCGGGGGCGGGGGCGCGAGGCCCGAGCCAAUGCGCUCGCCUCACGUCAGAGAGCGCUCUCGCAUUGGUCCUGGCGCGAUCACGCACGUAACCGCGGCCGCGCGAACGGCCGCCGGCGCGCCGGCUGCGCGGCGAAGCAGUGGUCGACAGCGCGCGCGCGGUCGCGUGCGGCGCGAAGGAGCGCGAGCGGGUUACGCACCGCGGGUGACCCGGCGCCGCCUGUGCGCGCCCUACGUCCGAAACGCGCGUGCGGCCAUUCGGCCCGGUGUAUUCUGGGUGCAUUCUCUGGAAAGCAAACUUCCAGUCAAGAAUUUUCUUACUACGUCUGUCUGGUGUGUAAACAAAUUGCACGGAGACAAACAUUGGUUCAAUCAGAGAAUUGAAUUACAUUGCACUAAUUCGCGGAUUAUUACGUUCUGAAUAAGAAAC